AGCUGCGGGACUCCCCCGAGGGACGCCGCAGGCAGGAUGGACGAAGAGAAGCUGCCCAGCGAGGAGAAGAACACAGAGGUGCCAGCUGAUGGGGCCGAGGCCUUGGAGGGGAUGGGCAGCGCAGAGGGGGACCCCCUGAAACCCCCUGAAGGCGCCUCCGCCGGGCCGGAGCCAGAGAGCACAGACACAAAGGGACCUCCCCAGGCCAGCAGCCCCAGCACAGCAGCCCGCCGCUGCGCUCUCUGCAACUGUGGGGACUGGAGCCCACAUGGGCAGCGGGAGCUACAGCGCUUUGAGCCGGCGCCUGACUGGCCCGAGCGGCUGGCAGGCUACAAGCCCCCCGAGGGUCCUGGCCAGCUCCCCCAGGAGCUGGAGGUGGCAGGUGACCACUUGGCACAGAUCGGCUUCUCCGAGCGGGUAACUCCAGCGCAGCUCUUUGAGCCGACAGGGCACUGCUGGGUCCACCGCUGGUGCGCAGCCUGGUCGGCCGGCGUGGAGCAGGAGGCAGCAGGGCUGGCUGGUGUGGACAGAGCUGUUUUCUCAGGGAUCUCACAGAAAUGUGAACACUGUCGGCGGAUGGGGGCCACCAUCCCGUGCUGGGUAGCUGGUUGCCCCCGCCUCUACCACUUUCCCUGCGCUGCUGCCAGCGGCUGCUUCCAGUCUGUGAAGACCCUGCGGCUCCUGUGUCCUGAGCACGUGGCCGAGGCCGUGCAGAUGGAGGAUGCCCGGUGCUCAGUGUGUGAUGGGCCGGGGGACCUGCAGGACCUGGUUUUCUGCACCAGCUGUGGGCAGCACUACCAUGGGGCCUGCCUGGACAUCACCCUGACGCCCCGCAAACGCUCAGGCUGGCAGUGCCCCGAGUGCAAAGUGUGCCAAACCUGCAGGCAGCCCGGUGAGGACUCCAUGAUGUUGGUCUGCGAGGCGUGCGACAAGGGCUAUCACACCUUCUGUAUGGAACCAGCCAUCGAGGGGCUCCCCACCGACUCCUGGAAGUGCAAGAACUGCCGGGUCUGCUUGGACUGUGGCCGGCACCCUGCCGGCCAGUGGUACCAGAGCUACUCGGUGUGCGAGGGCUGCCAGCAGCGCCACACAGCUGAGGGCACCCACGGGGCACCAGCACACGUGCCACCACCGGACCCACCCGCCCAGACGUUGGCGUCCCCCGACCGCAGUGAGCCAACAGAUACGCCUGUCCCCCGACCUGAGCCUGCGGGGUGCAAGGAGGAGAUGCAGCAAGGGGAGACCCCCAAUGAGGCACCCCCGGGCGAUGGUGGGGCUCCUCCCAGCGACUUGACCUCUGUGGAGGCGCCCCCUGAUGAACUGCCCCUCAACAAGCUGCCCCCCGAGGAGCCCCCUCCUCUCGUGCAGCCCCCCGAGGAGCCCCCUCCUCUCGUGCAGCCCCCCGAGGAGCCCCCUCCUCUCAUGCUGCCAGCUGAUGAGCUGCCCCUUGAGAGGCCAUCCUUUGACAGACCCCCCCUCAAGGAGCUACUCCCCGGUGAUCCAUCCCUUGAUGAGCUGCCCCACAGCAUACUUCCCCUCAAGGAACUGCCCCCCAAUGAACCACUGCUCGAGGAGGUGCCCCAGGACGAGCUGCCCCCUGAAGAACCAGCCCCAGACGAGCUGCCCCCUGAAAAACUGCCCCCAGAUGAGCUGCCCCCUGAAGAACCUUCCCCUGAUGAGCUGCACCCCAAAGAGCCACUUCCCAGUGAGCCACUCUCUGAGGAGGACCCCAAGCCACCAGGCCUCCUCCCCGAGGUGACUGUGGCAGAGGAAGCACCAGCUCUAGCCCCGGAGGUACCCCCUGAGGAGGAGAUGGAGAUGGAGCCGGAGCCUUUGCUCCCCCCUGAGACGGCACCCCCACCCCCGGCUCCCCCAGAUCUCCAUGCCGUCUCACCUGCCCGCCCCCCAGCCCCCUUGCCUGACGCCGAGGAGGAUGAGGUGCCUGAGCUGCCCACCCCAGCUCUGCCCGAGUGCCCCAGCAGCCCCGGCAUUGCCAUGGACACUGAGCCCCCCAGCUCCCUGCCACCCCCCCUGGGCUCCCCUGCUUGCACCCCAGCCCCCACUGAGCCCCCUGAGGAUGAGGAGAUGGAGACAGCUGGUGGUGAGGGGGGGUCACCAGCCAGCCCCCCUGGAGAUGGCCCCCAAGCCAGCCCUGCCCCAGAGCUGGGGCCCUUCCCAGGCCUGCCUGAGGAGGAGGAAGAGGAGGAGGAAGAGGCACCAAGGCUGGAGCGGGAGGGCACCAGUGGGAGCUCCCUGCUGCUGAGUGAGGAGGAUGCGCUGGAGGAAGGUCGGGGUGGGGGCAACCCUGAAGCCAAGGGAUCCCCAUUGCUCCUGGAGCCAGAGGAGCUGGGCCCUGAGACCCCCAUGGAGGUUUGUGCCGCUGGGGAGAAGCUGCUGGGGCAAGGAGAUGAGGGGGGCCCUGAGGCCCCUGUCCUGCGCCCCCAGCCCGACAUCCUCAACGAGAUCUCCAACCUGAGCCAGGGGGACACCAGCAGCAGCUUCCCGGGUUCGGAGCCGCUGCUGGGCUCCCCGGACCCCGAAGGUGGGGGGUCACUAUCCCUCGAGCUGGGGCCAGCCUCAGCUGAUGCCAGCUUGCAGAAGGAGGAUGCUGGGUCCCUGCCACUGGGCGCCGAGACGGAUGACUCGCUGCUCUUCGAGCCAGCUGCCAAGGGGGACGGGGACAAGAGCCGUCGGCGCAGCUCCCCAGGGCGCUCCCGUGUCAAGCAGGGUCGCAGCAGCAGCUUCCCUGGGCGGAGGCGCCCCCGAGGUGGGUCCCACGGGGGCCGGGGCCGGGGCCGUGCGCGCCUGAAGUCGACCACCUCGUCCGUUGACACCCUAGCACUUGCCGACGUGGAGAGCUCACCCAGCAAGGAGGAGGACGAGGAUGACGAUGACACCAUGCAGAAUACGGUUGUCCUCUUCUCUAACACCGACAAGUUUGUCCUUAUGCAGGACAUGUGCGUGGUGUGCGGCAGCUUCGGGCGUGGGGCUGAGGGCCACCUCCUUGCCUGCUCCCAGUGCUCCCAGUGCUACCACCCCUACUGUGUCAACAGCAAGAUCACGAAGGUGAUGCUGCUGAAGGGCUGGCGCUGCGUCGAGUGCAUUGUCUGCGAGGUCUGUGGUAAAGCCUCCGACCCCUCCCGGCUCCUGCUCUGCGACGACUGCGACAUCAGCUACCACACCUACUGCCUGGACCCCCCCCUGCAGACCGUGCCCAAGGGUGGCUGGAAGUGCAAAUGGUGUGUGUGCUGCGUGCAGUGCGGGGCGGCCUCCCCCGGCUUCCAUUGCGAGUGGCAGAACAACUACACGCACUGCGCGCCCUGCGCCAGUCUGGUCGUCUGCCCCUUCUGCCGCGAGAAGUACGUGGAGGACGAUCUGCUCAUCCAGUGCCGGCACUGCGAUCGGUGGCUACACGCGGCGUGCAACAGCCUCUUCACGGAGGAGGAGGUGGAGCAGGCUGCGGAUGAAGGCUUUGACUGCAGCGCCUGCCAGCCCUACGUGGUCAAGGUGGCCGUGCCUGCGCCUCCCCCAGAAAUCGCCUCAGUCAAGGCCAAGGAGCCAGAGCCCCAGUAUUUCCGCUUCGAGGGCGUGUGGCUGACGGAGACGGGGAUGGCAGUGCUGCGCAACCUUUCCCUGUCACCCCUGCACAAGCGGCGGCAGCGCAAGGGCCGGCUGGGGACCCUGAACGGGGAUGGGGGGCUGGAGGGGGGCGAACCCCUGGGCCCCGACGACAAGAAGGACGGUGACCUGGAUGCCGAUGAGCUGCUCAAAGCUGAAGUGGGUGUGGAGCACAUGGAGUGUGAGAUCAAGCUGGAGGCUCCAGUCAGCCCUGACCGUGACAUGGGAGCUGACGUGGACUCAGGGAAGGGGCUGGAGGACCUGGAGGAGUGCAAGAAGAGGAAGCGCAAACCGUACCGGCCCGGCAUUGGCGGCUUCAUGGUGCGGCAGCGCAAGUCCCACACGCGCCUGAAGAAGGUCUCGGCGGCGCUGGCUGAAGGGGGACGAGAGGGGCUGAGCGCUGAGGGGCACCCCGAGGACGGGGCUCCAGGGGACCUCCCGGCCGAGGGCAGCCUAGAUCUGGGCUCAGCGGAGGGAGACGAGAAGAAGAAGCGCCGGGGAAGGAAGAAGAGCAAGUUGGAGGAUAUGUUCCCCCCUUACCUGCAGGAGGCGUUUUUUGGGAAGGCACUGAUGGACCUGAGCCGGAAGGCGCUGCUGGCGGCGGGUGGUGUGGGGGACGGAGCUGCCCGCCCUUCCCUGGGCCAGGGCGCCCCACGACCCAAGGGGGACCCCAGCCUGGCUGGGGCUCUGCAGGGCCCCCCCCAUGACAGGAGGGAGACGCCCACCCAUCCCCGAGGGGAUGACAGCACCGACGGCAGCGCCGCCGCUCCUGAGGACGACGGCAAGGACGAGGCGAAGGCCGAGGAGCUGGGGGCCGAGGAGCCAAAAGAUUCCCCUGACCCCGGAGAUGCUGAGAAACCGGCCACCCCGGGCGAGGGUGCACUGAGCUCCGACCUCGACAAGAUCCCCACGGAAGAGCUGCCUAAAAUGGAGAGCAAAGACGUGCAGCAGCUCUUCAAGGACGUGCUGGGCUCGGCAGAGCGCGGGGAGCAGCCCCUCAACUGUGUGGCCGCAGGGAUGGAGGCCGAAGGUGCAGGGCAGGACCCCAGCCGGGCGCAGCGGCCAUUCCUGCAGGGAGACCUCCAGCUGCCAGGGCAGGGGAGCGUUUCCCUGGGCUCGCUCUCCGGAUCCAUCUCCUUGGAGUCAUAUUCGGGAGUUUGCCAGUCGCCGUUCCUCGAUAACAGAGAGCGGAGUGGCUUUUUCAGCCCAGACCACUGUGAGCCCGAGAGCCCCUGGGCCAGCAGCUCAGCUGCCACCACCCCCUCGACACCCACAACACCCACAACGGAGGGCGAGGGUGACGGGCUGUCCUACAACCAGCGCAGCCUGCAGCGCUGGGAGAAGGAUGAGGAGCUGGGUGAGCUCUCCACCAUCUCGCCCGUCCUCUACGCCAACAUGAACUUCCCCAACCUCAAGCAGGAUUAUCCAGACUGGUCAAGCCGCUGCAAGCAGAUCAUGAAGCUCUGGAGGAAGGUCCCUGCCACAGACAAAGCCCCGUAUUUGCAAAAGGCCAAAGAUAACCGGGCGGCUCAUCGCAUCAACAAGGUGCAAAAGCAGGCCGAGAGCCAGAUCAACAAGCAGACCAAAGGGGAGGGACUGCGCAAGCCGGAGAGGCCCUCGCUGCACCUGCGGAUCCCGGUGCCACCAGGGGCACAGCCUGUCUACAUUGGCAGCCCACCCGCUGCCGGCGAGGGCUUCCUGAAGCCCCCCACAGGUGCCGGAGGGGGUCCGGAGUCACCCAGCGAUCUCUUUCUCAAGCUCCCGCCCCAGUCCCCUGCCCAAGUGCCUUCGCACGAUCCCUACGGUGCAGCACCCGCCUUCGCGCUGGAGCCCCGCUUCCCCUCGCCCCUGGGUCAGAGCCCCACGGCAGGUGCUGCCUUCCAGCCCUUCCCUGGCCAGCCCCAGCCCCUCACCGCACCCCGUGCUAUCCCCGGCUCUCAACCCCCUGACUUCCACCCCACACCACCUGGCACCCCCCGGCACCAGCCCGGCACCCCUGACCCUUUCUUGAAGCCCCGCUGUCCCUCCAUAGACAAUCUCUCGGUGCCAGGGAGCCCUGGGGCCCGGCCUGCCGAGGCUCUGCUCUCUCCCCUGCCUUUUGGGGAGCAGAAGAAGGGCUUGGAGGUGAAGAAAGAGGAAGGGGGGAACUUGGGGGUCUGCUCGCCUGGCUAUGCCCCUACCAUGGGCUAUGGGGACUCCCCAGGUGGCCCCCAACUCUCUGCUGCGGAAUUGAAGGCAGCUGAUGUCUUCAAAGCCCCCAUGACCCCACGGGUCUCUCAGGUAGAGCCACAGAGCCCGGGGCUGGGGCAUCGGCCCCCCGACCCGCAUUCCCUGGCCCCCUCGCCCCCCAGCCACCGCAUCCCCGCCAGCCCCCAGUCCCAGUCCAGCUCCCAGUCCCCCCUCACCCCGCGGCCGCUCUCCAAUGAAGCUUUUUGCCAGUCCCCUGUCACCCCCCGCUUCCAGUCCCCGGACCCCUACUCCCAGCCGCCCUCCCGGCCCCAGUCCCGGGACCCCUUCACCCCCCUGCACAAGCCCCCCCGGCCCCAGAUGCCAGAGCCAGGGUUCAAGUCGGUGCCGCUCUCGCACAGCCCGGCGGCCGGUGGGGGCUUUGGGGGCACUCCGGUGGGUGAGCCCCACAGCAAGGCACUGGGGGGGCAGCAACCCCCCUUUUCCCGCUCCCCUGGUGCCAGUGUCUUCCCAGGCAGCCAGCCCCCCAUGCGCUUCACCUUCCCCCCAACCGUCUCUGAGCCGCUCAAGGGCUCACCAUCCCACCAACCCCAUGGGAUCAACAGCCAUUACAUCCCCGGCAAGCCCCAGAAUUCAGCCUACGCCUCAUCCCCUGGUUUCCACCAAGCCAGCAGCCCGCUGGGGCCGGGUGCUGCGGCUGCUGAGACCUACAGCCUCUCGCCCCUCCGGCCGCCCUCCGUGCUGCCGCAGCAGCCGCCUGCUGCCCCACAGCAGCAGGACGUCUCUCUCACCUUCCUGCCUCGAGCCACGCUGGGGCCACCAGCCGACAAGAGGGAGGAGGUGGCUGCAGGACUCUCGGCACCCCCAAACCGGGACCUGGCAGAGCUGCCCAGCAGCCAGGACGGGACCCUUGGCACCAUGAGCCAGUCAGAGCUGGAGAAGCAACGGCAGCGGCAGCGGCUUCGCGAGCUGCUCAUCCGCCAGCAGAUCCAACGCAACAGCCUGCGGCAGGAGAAGGAGAGCGCAGCGGCCGCCGCCACCUCCUCGCCAGCUGGCUGGGCCCCAGAGGCCACCAACCAGGCCUUCGAGUUGGGCCGGGGCAUGGCCCCCUACCAGCAAGCACAGGACAAGAAUGUCCUCGGGACACUGACCACUGCCACCAGCACCGGGAAGCUGCCUGGCUCUGUCAUGGUGCAGGGAGCAUUCACUCAGGAUGAGCGGCUCUCCCGGCCCCCGCCAGCAGCCACACCGUCCACCCUGGACAUCAACGGGAGGACGGUGGUGGGCCCUCCCCAGGCCUUCUACCCCCGUGGGGUCUUCUCGGCACCAUCCCUGCAGCAGCAGCAGCAGCAGCAGCAGCACCUCUGGCAGCAGCAGCAGGCAGCCUCGGCCCUGCGGCUCCCCGUCGCCUCCCGCUUCGCCCCACCGGCUGCUGGCUCCCCCGUGGGCGGCCUGGGCACCCGCCUGCUGGCACCCACUGAGGCCGUGCCCGCCUCCCCCAACGCCCUGGGCGCCCCCUUCAUCGAGCUGCGGCACAACGUGCAGAAGGGAUCUGGAGGGGUCAUGGGCUCCCCCUUCGCCCCCCAGGCACCUCGGCCCCGCUUUUACCUGCCUGGGGAGGAGGGCAACCCCCAGGCUCUCUGCACCCCUGUGGUGCCCAUGCAGGCGCUGCCCACCCCGGCGCUGCAGCCCACAAAGAUGCCGCUGCCGCCUGCGUCCCCACAGGGUGUCGAGAUGAGCAACAGCCACCACCAGCCCCACACCAAAGCGGCUGCCCCCCUGCCGCUGCCGGCCCCCAGCCUGGAGCUGCAGCACGUUUCCCCACGCCCGCUGUCCUCUGGCUCCGCUCUCCGCCCUGAGGGACCCAAGGACAGCCCCGCACCCGAUCCCGCGCCAGCUCCCACCCUGGGGAAGAGCCACCUGAGCCUCGAGGGGGGACGUCUGCCCUGUGAGGUGCCAGUGGAGCCUGAUUUGGAUGACGAUUUUGGCUCCCACAAAGACCUGGAAGAUGAUGAUGAUUUGGCUAACCUGAGCCUGGAUCCAGACGUGGCUAAAGGGGAUGAUGACUUGGACAACCUGGACAGUCUGGAGACAGCAGACCCUCACCUCGAUGACCUGCUGAAUGGCGAUGAGUUCGACCUGCUGGCCUACACUGACCCUGAGCUGGACACCGGGGACAAGAAGGACAUUUUCAACGAGCACCUUCGCCUGGUCGAGUCAGCCAACGAGAAAGCUGAGCGUGAAGCCCAGCUCAAGACGGAGCCGCCAGCGUCCAGCUUGAAGCUCCCUGAUGCUGGAGAUGGCAAAGACACUGCCCCAUCCGUGGAGGACCAGGAGGUGCCCAAGGAAGGGCUGGUGCCCGGGGUGGGCUUGGGACCCACUUCCUGCCCGACGGGCACAGCACUGGCGCCUGACCCGGCUUUCAAGGCACAGGGCAUGGAGGCGAAGGCAGGCUCGCUGCCCACUGAUGUCAAGCCCAAGCUAGAGGACGGCUGCCUGAAGACCUCUCCCUGCCAGUUCACUGUCGGUGGCUCCGAGCAGCUCCCGGUGCCCGUCAAGUCGGAGGCCCUGCAGGGCACGGAUAAGAUCUCUGCUUCGCUGGGGCUGGGCCUCAAAUCUGGUCAGACCCUCCUGAGCCCCGGGGCUGGCCCUGCUCGCCUCAGCUUGACUCACUUCGCUAACAGUAGUCAUGCCAGUGUCCCCGUGCCAGAGAAGGACCCCUAUGCCGUCUCCAGCCGCGGGCUGGCCCCUGCCCAGCUGAGCAACCAGAGCAACCCCUUACUGGAGAAGUUUGAGCUGGAUGGUGGAGCCCUGGGCCUGGGCAGCGCCCAGCAAUCGCCGGCCGAUGACCUGGACAAGAUGGAGAGCUCACUGGUAGCCAGCGAGCUGCCCCUGCUCAUCGAGGACCUGCUGGAGCACGAGAAGAAGGAGCUGCAGAAGAAGCAGCAGAUGUCAGCCCACCUGCCCCGGGCCCCUCCCCACGUCCCGGUCUCGGGGCACCCCAUGCUGCACUCAGCAGCGACCGGGCAGCCCCCUGAAGGGCAGCCGCCCCGCCUGGGCACCCCACAGCCUCCCCUCCAGCUGGGGCUGGUUGCCAGGCCACCGUUGAUGCCACCGCAGCCCCCCCGGCUCAGCACACCCCAGCAGGGCCCAGCGCUGGCCCCCCACAUGGGCAUGCCCCCUGGGCAGCCCCACGUACUGGGGGCCCCCCACAGCAUGCAGGUGGCUCUGGCACAGCCGCAGCAGAGCCAGCAGCAGGUGCUGGUGCAGAAGCCAGUGCCCGGGGUGCAGCCGCCCACCCUGGGCUUGAAGCCCCCUCAGCUCGUCAUGCAGCAGCAGUUGGCCAACAGCUUCUUCCCGGAUACAGACCUGGACAAGUUUGCGGCCGAGGACAUCAUGGACCCUAUUGCCAAGGCCAAGAUGGUGGCACUGAAGGGCAUCAAGAAGGUGAUGGCUCAGGGCAGCAUCGGGGUGGCCCCGGGCAUGAACAGGCAACAGGUUUCCCUGCUGGCCCAGCGGCUCUCGGGGGGGCCGGCUGUCUCCGAGAUGCAGAAUCACUUGCUGGCGGGGAGCGGGCAGGAGAGGAGCGGCACCGACCCAACCCAGGCUCGUCCCAACCCACCCACCUUUGCACAGGGUGUCAUUAAUGAGGCCGACCAGCGGCAGUACGAGGAGUGGCUCUUCCACACGCAGCAGCUCCUGCAGAUGCAGCUGAAGGUGCUGGAGGAGCAGAUCGGGGCACAUCGCAAGUCGCGCAAAGCCCUCUGCGCCAAGCAGCGCACCGCCAAGAAAGCCGGGCGGGAGUUCCCCGAGGCCGACGCUGAGAAGCUGAAGCUGGUGACGGAGCAGCAGAGCAAGAUCCAGAAGCAGCUGGAUCAGGUGCGGAAGCAGCAAAAGGAGCACACCAACCUCAUGGCCGAGUACCGUAACAAGCAGCAGCAGCACCAGCAUCAGGCCUCGGCCGUCAUGGCCCUGAGCCCCUCGCAGAGCCCCCGUCUCAUGUCCAAGCUCUCCGGGCAGCUGCUCUCAGCACACGGCAUCCAGCAGCCAGCAGGGGCUGUGGUGGGCGCCCAAGGCCUCGGCCAGCAGCCAGGACAGCCCGGGGGGCUGCGCCUGCCCCAGGGCGGCGUGUCCAUGGCCGUGCAGCAGGGCCUGUCCUUCAUGGGCCAGCAAGCCAUGGGGAGCGCGCCCGUGCCCGGCACCUCCAACACCUUCUUUACUGGGAACCCCGCGCUCCGUGGGCUGGCUGCCGACAGCCGCCUGAUGCAGGAGAGGCAGCUCCAGAGGAUGCAGCUGGCCCAGAAACUGCAGCAGCAGAACGUGCUGGGACAAGUGUCACUGCAGCAGCAGCCGGGCGUGAUGGGACAGACCUCCAUGCAGCAGCCAGGCGUGAUGGGACAGACAUCCAUGCAGCAGCCAGGAGUGAUGGGGCAGACCUCCAUGCAGCAGCCAGGAGUGAUGGGACAGGCCUCUAUGCAGCAAGCGGGCGUGAUGGGACAGACCUCCAUGCAGCCACCAGGUGUGAUGGGACAGGCCUCCAUGCAGCAACCGGGUGUGAUGGCACAGACAUCAAUGCAGCCGCCAGGCGUGAUGGGACAAAGCUCCAUCCAGCAGCCGGGUGUGAUGGGACAAAGCUCUAUGCAGCCAUUGGGCGUGAUGGGACAAAGCUCGAUGCAGCCGCCGGGCGUGAUGGGGCAGCCCAGCCAGCUCGGGCAGCAGCAGACAGCGCCAGCCCCACAGCCAGGUGCCGUGGGGCAGCCCAUGGUGCCGAAGCAGCAGGGGCUGAUGGGCAGCCAGCAGAGCCUCCUGGUGCAGCAGCUCUCGCCCCAGCAGCAGCCAGGUUUGCUGGGCCACACACAGGCACCAGGGCUGCAGCACCAGGCAGUGCUGGGCCACCCUCCACCCCAGCGCCAGGUCCUCCUGGCCCCCCACCAGCAGCGGAUGCUGGGCUCGUCCCAACUGGCGCCACAAACUCCGGGGAUGCUGGGCCACCGCCUUGUGCUGUCCCAGCAGAUGGGGCAGUCGCGGGCGCCACUGGCCCCACAGCAGCAGCAGAACUCAGCAGCUGCCCAGCCGGGGCUCCUGGGGCUGGGCCAGGGGCAGCCCCCGAUCCAGCACUUUCCACAGCAUGGGGCAGUGGGCCAGGCCCCCUCCGUGCUGCACCUGAGUCAGGGAAUGCAACCGGCCCCAGCUGUUCUGGCUGCCAAGGACCAGCCUGGAGGAGCAGACAGCAGCACCCUGCCAGCUGAGGGCGGCGAGAGUGGGGGGCAGCUGCAUGGAGCCCCCCAGGAACAGCAGGGAGCCCUCAAUCCCCCCAGCCUCGGUGGCCCAGAGCCCCCAGGCCCCAAGCACCAGGCUGAGCUGGGGCAGGGCCAGCAGCUUCUCUUGGCCUCCCCCCAGCCAGGUGUCCUGGGCUCGCAGCCGGCGCUGCGGGCAGCCCCCAUGCAGCCGGGCCCCCUGCUCGCCCCGCCACUGCAGAGCCCCGGGGCCGCUCGCCCCGAGCUGUCCCAGCAGCAUGGCGACGGUGCUGCGAUGGCAGAGCCACCCUUGGGCUGCGGGACAGGCCAGGCGCAGGGCAUGGCGAUGCCGCAGGUCCCACGGCCCUCGGAGCAGCCAGGCAAGGGCCCGUUGGGCUCCCUGCAGGGCCAGCCCCAGCCCCCUCGGCUCCAGAGCCCCGGGCAGCACAAAGCAGGGCCAGCGGUGCCAUCGGCGGGCAUGGCUGCGCUUCCCCCGGGGCUCCUGGGGCAGGUGCCAGGGCCGGUGAUGGGCCAGAUCCGGGCACAGCUCCAGGGUGUCCUGGCCAAGAACCCCCAGCUGCGGCACCUGACCCCGCAGCAGCAGCAGCAGCUCCAGGCCCUCCUGGUGCAGCGGCACCAGCAGAGCUUGCUGCAGCAGAGCCAGGCGCUCCGUCCCCCCGGCCCCUUCCCCGGGCAGGCCCCAGACCAUGGCUCCCCGGCCGCCCGUCAGCCCCCUCGCCCGCUCGGGCCCCUCUUCCAGCCGCGGCCGGGUGCCCCAGCGGAGGCGCAGAGCAGCUUUGCUGCCGAGCAGGGACGGGCGCUGGCAGGGCAGCACCAACCCCAGCAGCCCCUGGCUGACCUGGUGCAGGCAGCCCUGGCUGCCCGUGGACCCCAGCCCGGCCUCGUCCGGCUCCCUGCACCUCUGGCCCCCUCACCCCUGGGCUGUGCACCCCAGCACCUGGCUAGCCCUGAGCAGAGCCCCCAAGAGCCAAAGAAGAUGUCGCCGGGGGUCCCGGCGUCGGCCCCCAGCCCUGCAGUGCCAGCGGAGCAGGGGCUGACGCCCACGCCGAGCAGCACGCUCCCCGACCCAGUGCACGGCCCCUGGGCCCCUGAGGCACCCGGUGCAGACCCAGCUGACCCUGGGGAGACCCACAUCAAUGGGGCUGUGCUGGAGGGAGCCCCUGUGACCAGGGAGGCCCCCGAGGUGUUGGUGAAGCAGGAGCCGAAGGAGGAGGUGGCGGUGGCAGCAGCGCAGUGUGAGCUGGAUGGGGACGAGGCGGCAAAGCCGGAGGCCAACGAGGACUCUAGGACGGGCCAAGCCAACAGCCUGCUGGUACCAGGCGGCCGCUCUGAGGCUGGGCACCUCCUGCUGCAGAAGCUGCUGCGAGCCAAGAACGUGCAGCUCUCGGCGCAGAGCCCGGGCGAGCUCAAUGGGCACACAGAGAGCCGGGGCGCUGGCGUGGAGCCGCGGCUGCAGCCAGUGCUGUUGGGCCGGGAGGACCCCUCCAUUGCCAGGAAGCCAGCAGCUACCAAGCCCAAGCGGGUGCAGAAAGGCAACGAGCGGGUCCCAGCAUCCCGCAAGAAGCUGCGGAAGGACGAGGGGGUGCGUCCUGGCGAGGCCCUCAUGAAACAGCUGAAACAGGAGCUGUCGCUGCUGCCGCUGGCGGAACCCACCAUCACAGCCAACUUCAGCCUCUUUGCGCCCUUCGGCAGCAGCCCCAUCAAUGGGAAGAGCCAGCUGCGGGGCGCGUUCGGCAGCGCUGUGCUUGACAGCAUCCCCGACUACUACUCCCAGCUGCUCACUAAGAACAACCUCAGCAACCCGCCCACGCCACCCUCCUCGCUGCCCCCGACACCACCCCCCUCCGUGCAGCAGAAGAUGGUGAACGGCGUCACAGCCCCCGAGGAGCUGGGAGAGCAGCCCAAGGACCCUGACGCAGCCCGUGAGCCUCAUGGCCAGAAAGACACACCGGCUGUGGAGGUGAAGAGCCUGGACCUGCUGGCAGCUCUGCCCACCCCUCCGCACAACCAGACUGAGGACGUCAGGAUGGAGAGCGAUGAUGAGAGCGACUCCCCCGACAGCAUCGUCCCUGCCUCAUCCCCUGAGAGUGUGCUGGGCGAGGAGCUGCUCCGCUUUCCCCUUCUCAGCGAGGCCAAGCCGGAGCUGGAGGAGCGUGUGCUGUCCCCCAUCAUCCCCAUCAUCCCCCGGGCCAGUAUCCCAGUGUUCCCCGACACGAAGCCCUACGAAGCUGUGGAGCCCUUUGGGGCUCCCCCCGGGAAGGUGGGGGCAGCAGGCCCGGGUGCCCCAUGGGAGAAGGGCAAGAGCAGCGAGGUCUCAGUCAUGCUGACUGUGUCUGCAGCGGCCGCCAAGAACCUCAACGGCGUGAUGGUGGCCAUGGCUGAGCUGCUGAGCAUGAAGAUCCCAAGCUCCUACGAGGUGCUGUUCCCAGACGGCCCCAUGCGAGCAGCUGUGGUUGAGGCCAAGAAGGUGGAGACCGACAUGGCUGGGGUACUCGGUGGCAAGGAGAAGGUGGUGCUGGCUGGGAAGGUGCCAGACAGCAGCUCCGAGUGGCUGAAGCAGUUUGAUGCGGUGCUGCCGGGGUACAGCCUCAAGGGCGAGCUGGACCUCCUGACGCUGCUCAGACAGGAGAGCCCUGUGCCAGAGAAGACCCUCCACCACUGCUACGUCAACAACGUGUCCAACUUGGAUGUGCGGCAACUCUCCGUCAUGCCCCAGGAGCCCUCCCCGCCCCUGUCCCCCUCUGCCCCCUCCCCAUCCAGUCCCACCGAGGCUGCCAGGGUCCCUGACCCUGAGGCAGCUCAUGAGACAGCCCCAGCCCCUCCGUCACCCCUGCCACCAGCCCCCUCGCCAGCCCCCCAGGAGGAAGGGGCUGCAGCCCCCUAUUCGCCGCCCCGCUUCAAGCCGCGCUCGCGGCCACCGGAGGACGGGGACGAAGCACGGCCUCGGCUGAAGAAGUGGAAGGGGGUGCGGUGGAAACGGCUGCGCUUCCUCGUUACCAUCCAGAAAGGAGGGGCCAAGCGGGACGGUGACAAGGAGAUUGCAGAGUUCAUUGACAAGCUGGGCACCACUCUGCGCCCCGAAAAGGUACCGCGGGACCUGCGCAAGUGCUGUUUCUGUCAUGAGGAAGGUGAUGGGGCCACGGACGGGCCGGCCCGCCUGCUCAACCUUGACCUUGACCUCUGGGUCCACCUGAACUGUGCCCUAUGGUCCACGGAGGUCUACGAGACGCAGGGUGGGGCCCUGAUCAAUGUGGAGGUGGCUCUGCACCGUGGGCUGCUCACCAAGUGCUCCCUGUGCCAGAAAACUGGGGCCACCAACAGCUGCAACCGCAUCCGCUGCCCCAGUGUCUACCACUUUGCCUGCGCCAUCCGCGCCAAGUGCAUGUUCUUCAAGGACAAGACCAUGCUCUGCCCCUUGCACAAGCUGAAGGGCCCCUGCGAGCAGGAGCUGAGCAGCUUCACCGUCUUCCGGCGCGUCUACAUCGAGCGGGACGAGGUGAAGCAGAUCGCCAGCAUCAUCCAGCGUGGCGAGCGGCUCCACAUGUUCCGCGUGGGUGGGUUGGUCUUCCACGCCAUCGGGCAGCUCCUGCCACACCAGAUGGCUGACUUCCACAGCGUCACAGCCCUUUACCCCGUGGGCUACGAGGCCACGCGCAUCUACUGGAGCCUGCGGACCAACAACCGCCGCUGCUGCUACCGCUGCACCAUCUGCGAGAACAACGGCCGCCCUGAGUUCGUCGUGCAAGUCAUCGAGCAGGGCCUGGAGGAUCUGGUCUUCUCUGACUCCUCGCCACAGGCCGUCUGGAACCGCAUCAUCGAGCCGGUGGCGAUGAUGAGGAAGGAAGCCGACAUGCUGCGACUCUUCCCCGAGUACCUGAAGGGCGAGGAGCUGUUUGGCCUCACGGUGCACGCGGUGCUGCGCAUCGCCGAGUCGCUGCCCGGCGUCGAGAGCUGCCAGAACUACCUGUUCCGCUACGGGCGCCAUCCGCUGAUGGAGCUGCCGCUGAUGAUCAACCCCACCGGCUGCGCCCGCUCCGAGCCCAAGAUCCUCACCCACUACAAGCGGCCCCACACCCUGAACAGCACAAGCAUGUCCAAGGCCUACCAGAGCACCUUCACAGGCGAGACCAACACGCCCUACAGCAAACAGUUCGUGCACUCCAAGUCCUCCCAGUACCGGCGCCUGAAGACGGAGUGGAAGAACAACGUCUACCUGGCACGGUCCCGCAUCCAGGGGCUGGGGCUUUACGCGGCCAAGGACAUCGAGAAGCACACCAUGGUCAUUGAGUACAUCGGUACCAUCAUCCGCAACGAGGUGGCCAACCGUCGGGAGAAGAUCUACGAGGAGCAGAAUCGCGGCAUCUACAUGUUCCGCAUCAACAAUGAGCACGUCAUUGACGCCACGCUGACGGGGGGCCCGGCCAGGUACAUCAACCACUCGUGUGCCCCGAACUGUGUGGCUGAAGUCGUGACCUUUGACAAGGAGGACAAGAUCAUCAUCAUCUCCAGCCGGCGCAUCCCCAAGGGGGAGGAGCUCACCUACGACUACCAGUUUGACUUUGAGGACGAUCAGCACAAGAUCCCCUGCCAUUGUGGAGCCUGGAACUGCCGAAAGUGGAUGAACUAACUGGGAAAAGGGGCUGGGGGCCACAGCCCCCGCCUAGGAGACCUCGCCAAGACCCGCCGGGGCCGCGGGAGGUGCCAGGGUGGCCGGGCAGGCAGCAGUGGCCGGGGCACAGAGGCUCCGGCAGGGAGGGCAGCCGCUGCGGAGCCACUGGCCUUGCCCGAGCAGGACGAACGGACGAACUGGCAACUCAGGGUUUUCUUUGCUUCGUCCUGUGAGGAAGAGGAGGGGGGAACCACCGAGAUGCUCCCCCCCCCCCAAUUCACCC